CUAUCUCCCCUCUUGACGAAGAGGAACAACUCUUUCUUGGUUAAGGAGUUCGGUAACAACACUCAGAGUGUUCAGUUUAGCAGAGAGCCAAACAGUCUCUACAACCUCAACUCCUACAAGUACUCUGGUUUGGCCAACAAGAAAACUGUUACUAUUCAGCCAGCUGGCAAAGAUCAGUCUGUGUUAUUGGCGACCACCAAGCCAAGGAAGCAGAACAAACCUUCCACUUUGCUUCACAAAUCUGUGAUGAAGAAGGAAUUCAGGAGGAUGGCAAAGGCUGUCCAAAAUCAGGCAAAAUAAAGUAGAUGGCUGGUGCAUUUUGGGCGACACGUGUGCUGGAGAAAGUGAAGAAGCAUGAUUCUGGAGGACUCCUUUGGAAGAGAAUCAAACUCACGACUACCCGUAAAGCCAAUGCCAAGAAGCAUCUUCUCCGUGUGUGAAUGAAGCUGUUCUCAAGGCAUGUUCUGAACCAGCUCCUUCAAUAAGUUCUUCUGCCGGCGUCAACAAUGUUAUCAUAGAUGGGAAACAUCCUGGUUGUGAUCAGUCUUACUUUGGAAGAAGGGAAUUUUCUUUCACUCUGAAAGGUGAUUUUUAUCUGCGUUUUCAAUCAUACAACAGUGUCCUCGAACUUGAAAACUCGAUCAAAGAUAAAUUCCCUUUAAAGAUUGACAUUGGACCUGUCUAUACAAUCGAUCCUGCAAAAAGGCAUGCUUAUGCACAGGGUGAUAAUAGUGUCUUCACUCCAGUUGAGAGGGAGUUAUUUUUGAUAUUGAUAUGACAGAUUAUGAUGAUGUUAGAUACUGCUGCAAGGGUGCUGAUGUUUGCUUGGAUUGUUCGUCGUUGAUGACCAUAGCCAUCAAAGUGAUUGAUACUUCCUUAAGAGCAUAAUGACUCUACCACCGGUUGACUAUAGUUUCCAACUUCCUAAAGCUGAGCAUCAAGGAAAUUCAUCAUGUAAGAAAAAGAAGGAGGUGGUGAUUUAUAUAGCACAAGGUACAAAGCCUGAGGUUUAUACUCAAGAGCACGAGAAGCUUCUUGGAGAUUGUGAGACUGAUUGGAAAUUGUUUGUGGAUGAAUAUGAUGAGGAUGGAGACCGUAUAUAUGAUCUAACCAAGGUUUGUUAAAGAAGCUGGUUGUGCAGAAGAUGUGGAAGAAGAGCAAGGAGAAGAUCAAGAAGAAUAGUUGUUUUAUGUUAUCUAGCUAGCCAGUUAUUAGAAUUUUUUUUUGUUAUUUUGGGAUGACUCUUUUUUGAGAGAAACUUGUGUUUAAUAUGGUUGUUUUGGAUCAUAUGGUUGUUUUGAAUUUUGAAUUUGGGAUGACAUCAAAACUUAGUAUCCAACUAUUAUUAGUGGCACUACAAAAAAAAAAACUUACUUUUGACCUUAA